UCGAUCGUUUCGAGGGUUUCGGGCGUCGUGUGCGAAUUUAUUUGAGCCAGUGUGCAGAGUGCGGUGCGUGGGUGGGUAGUGGUGUGCGUCCGUGUGAAUAACGAGCUGCGUUUACGAGGAGCCCUCGGGGUCAAGUGUAGGGCCGAGUCGCGACAACGGAAGUUCCCAGGCGACGCCGGGCGGAUGCGAGACGAGCACUCGUCACCUGUCAAUUGGCGUCAUUGGCGUCCUGAACGGCUCAGUAAGGUGGUCUCCUCGUCGACACUGAUUUGCCAUCAAUGCGAAUAGACGCGAGAUAUUCCCUAUAAAAGUAUCGAAAGAGUUUCAAAGGUUCCGAGGCUGAGCCGCAGCGGUUGAGCCACGAAUGAGACGGUUACAGCUCGCACACAAACCUGGGAUUCAAGGAACGGAGGAGCGUGAUUUUUAAGAAGCCUUCUUGGAGAGGUUAGAAGAGCCGAUCGAUUCGGGCUUCCCCUUCGUCGAUCCAGUUUUAUCCCGUUAAGGGCAUUUCAUGAAGAAGGGCUAUUACAUUCGACAUGGUGUAUGAAGAGAUUGUCGGAAUACCGGGCAGCUGACCCCGGCCCCCACGGACACUAUUUAUGUGUGACAUGCCACGUAAUAUCGACUCGGCGUCCACCACUUUCCCGGAAGCAGCUUCCAACCAUCGAGGCUAUCCUUUAUCUCAGUCCAACUCGAGACGGAACAAUGGAGACGUGUGGCCUUCGAGACCGGAGAAAGAACCAGUGGAGUUCGAUGUAUCUCAUCUACGAGGAGCUCCGGCUGAGGUGGAAGCCCUGGUUCGGGACAUCGAACAAGUGGCACAGCAAUUCCUGUACCACUGGAAGACCUUUCCGAUCAUCCUGCCAUCUCCGCUCUCGAUGUGCGCAGACAAAGAGGAUACCCUGGCUCGAAAGAGACCAAUUUAUGCCAGGGAUCUCUUCGUAGCUCCGAGCUUUGACGAAUUGGAUGCUGUUGCCGUGGAUGGGAAGGGGGAGCCGAGGAGACUCACCGACAAGCAAUUGGAGAGCAUCAGGGAAAGAGGCCUGCACAAGGAUAAGUAUGGAAAGCCGAAGAAGCUAAAUGCUGAUCAGUUGGAGAGUAUCCGAAGAUGUGGAGAGUUCGAGGUGGAAUCCAUCAACUUCGUUGGACAGACCCACCGAUGGCGACUGAGUGGACUUCUGCAGCGUGGGAGGGAUCGAAGGAGAGAAACUUUGCUGAGAGACGUUGCGUUGGCCACCAGGUUCCUCGUAGUGACAGCAAAGGCUAGACUGGUGUCGCAUUGUUUCAGUGUGUCGCAGUCAAUACAAGCUCUCUUGGCAGGAUCGCUGAGGCUCAUCGAUAUCGUGAUCGGUGUGCCUUCGCUGCAAGCUCAAAAUCUGGAUGGAAAGAUCCGAGAGGAGAGGUGUAGGUACCUCGUCGCUGAACUCGUCUGCAGGCCGGAGUAUGAAGACUCGCUGGAGCUGCUCUGUGGAUUUGUUAGGCGUCAGCUUCGACGAGCGGCUAUGGAGAAAUUCGAAGUCGAACGAGAAUCCUCGCAGCUGUUGCCCGUCCCGGUCCCCUUCGUCUAUGGAACUCCUGGAGGAACUGCCGUAGAUCUCCGGCUUUUUAACAGAGACAUCGUCCGCAAAUCUUUGCCGAUAUUGGUCUCCAUUCUCGAGAGAGAAUCCAGAGGCUGGUUCCUGCAUUUCAGGGAGAGGCUCAUCUCCGAGCUGAAGGUCCAGAAAAUGCCGGACGAGGACAUUGAGAGGGUGGUCAACGAAGCGGUCAUGAGGGAGUACCUGCAACGCGUUUACUCCAGCAUCCUGGCGCACCCUGAUCUCGCCAGUCUGGGCGACGGGAUACCUCGUCUGCUGGUCCAGCAAGCUCAGUCGGUCGUCCUGAUGUACAGGGCGGUGGACAAUGUUCGCAGAAAACUCGCCCGCACCAAAGAAACCCUCCGACGCACCAUGGAGGAGGAUCAUCCGGUUUUAUCCAGGAUCCAGCCCUGGAUGCGAGAUCGCAUGAAAGAAGCCGAGGAGAACUUCGCCCACGUGUGCGAGUGGAGCGCCCACGAGGAGGCCCUCUCUCUUUGCACGCACCAGAACCUGCAGCAGACCGUGUAUUUCCUGAACAGGGAUUUGACGUUCAUGAAAGAGAGGGAGCCGGUGCUUCUGAAGGAACUGAGGAAGGUGAAGACCCCCACGAGGAGUUUCCAGUGGCCUACUCAAAUCUGGUUCCCCCGGAACUGGAUCAUCAAACGCAGCUUCCGGGGCCAGUCCGAGAUCAUCCCCACGGUCCUGAGUAACACGCCCACUUCCAUCACUACCCCCAGGGCUGAUCCUAGUCAGCCGGUCUUCCUGGUGGAGAGGGAGAUCGUUCGCACGACAACCACGCGCUGGCCGAUGUGGAGACUGAUCAACUACAUCGCCAGGAGUUGGUGUUGGACCUGGAAUGCGAUGUUCCUCCUGGGAGUCGCAGUGCCCUGGUACAGCCCUGUGUCCAUACGAGCUCUGCUCCUGGUCCAGCCCUUCACACCCGACCUGGAGCUCAGCCAGCUGAACGGAACCUUGUUCCCGAGGAAGUCCUCGCAGACGGCGACCCUCUGCUCGAGGCUAAUCACUCUCUGGAGGCACAUCAGCAAAAGCAGGACGCGGUUUGAGACGGAGCCGGACACUGGUUUCAUCGGUAAAGGUAUGACGAGACACCUGAACAGGUGGUGGAAUUACGGCGUGAAGGGACUCCUGGGGACGAUCGUCAUCCUUUUCGUCUUCCCCGUGGUCUGCAUCCUGGCCAGUCUCGGGUCCUUGCUGAUCGCCGUCACCGCGUUCAUGUGGAUGCCGCUGGUGACGCUGACCCUGCAUACGUUCAUGGCCCUGGUCAUGGACUUGGACAGCCCGGAACCCAGCAGGAACCGGUACCUCGUCGUUAUGGAGGCCCUCGUAUGGAACAUCCUCAUCCAGGGUCUCCUCCAACCACUAGCCGCCCUCUUCGUCGCCGUCUUCGUUUGCCCCUUGGUCUCCCUCUCCAUUCUCACCGCCGCUGUCACGCGUUAUUGGAUCCGGCUCGUCUGGGACACCGCGAUGUUCCACUUGCUGAUCAAAAGCAGAGGUCGAGUGCCUGCUAGCGACAGCUUCGUCGUCAAGAGAAUUGCCGGUCCAGGACUCGCGCAGGACUACUAUUACCAGAUCAAGCCAGAGCAAGCGUUAGCGGCAUUCGAGGCGAAACUGGAGCUGGACGAGUUGCUGGCCUUCCAGCAGGAAACCGAGAGACUCAUCGCCCAACCCCAGAGGGAUUUCGCACAGUUCGUCGAGGCUUGUUUUGGCCCCUUCGCCGCGAGUCUCGCGAAGAACAAGGACCCCUACAAGUCCCUGGAAAAGGAGGCCAGAGACCUGGUGGCGGUGCUGCACGAGAAGCUCGACCGGCGCAGAAGGGACCUCCAGACGGGACUCGGGGUCGGUGUCAGGAGCAAGAUUAAACUCACGUCUGUGGACCUCAAGGUGGCGAUCCAGCAAGCUGCGAGGAUGUUGGAGCGGCAUUACCCGAGCCACGUCUUCGCACGUCUCACCGGGAACGAGGAAGACUUCUGGGAGAGCAAAGGCCUGGUUUCCGGGGAUUGGGCCGGUUUGUCCGGCUUAAUGUACGCCGACAUCUUCAGCUUGGACUUCCUGCAGCCGCUGGACGAGGCGGACACCAAGUUCAAGCUGGAUCCCCAUCCUGGGGUCGACCUCUCCAGGUACACGGACAUGAUUCGCAGCACCGAGCUGGGUGGCGCCAAUGGACCGGAUCUGCUGGGAGCGGUGUAUGCACCUAGGGGGAACGUGAGAGUCCACAGUCCUUACCUCGAGGUCUCUGCCUUCAAUCCUCGGGGCAAGCAGCUGAGCAGCAGCAGGAAAUCCGAUAAAAGAUGCGACACGUCCUCCGUCCUCCUGAUGUCGGCCAGGAUUAGCAGACGCAGCACCCUCGGCAGUGGGUCCUCGGACACCCGCUGGCAGCCCUGGAAGCGGAAGAGCCGGCCCUACAACGCGGAGAAGCUGGUGAUCCCGCUGCCGAUCCCGCACCCGGUGCACAUAGCCGUGACCAUCCACAACAGGGACUCGGAAGAGCCGAUCCCGGUCGACUCGGAGCUCUGCCAGAACAUCCUGAGAGCCAUCGAGGAGUCGCCCGGAGACAUCGCCUUCGAGGGGGUUGCCAGGUACCGAGGAGGCGGCGAUGACAGCGCCGACGGAGACGACUUAAACGGCGCCAGGGACUCGAGCUUCGACUCGGUCGCCUCGCAGUCCUCCGUGUCCUUGGGCACCGGGGUGGAGAAGGAGGUCGCCACUCCUGGAGCCAGGAGCGAGGAGACCAGGACGGACACCUGCCAGUGGACCCUGUCGAACUGGGCCGGAGGAUCCGCCAGGAGGAGGAAGGAUUCUGGCUCGGUUAAGGUCGACCUCGCCUCGCCGGAGGACGUCACUCUCGACACAGACAGCACCAGGGUCAUCUUUAGCACUUAUGGCACCACCGUCUAGCUUAAAGAAAGUAGAUUUAUGACUCGAGUGCGGUUCGCCUAGGAUUUAAUCGAAGGGUUCGCUCGGCUAGGAUUUUAUAGGGCGUAUUUGAUGGCUCUAGAGGGUCAUCGCUCUUGGAGGAAGAUUAAGAAAAAUCCCCCAGGAGGUGGAAGGAACCUGGCUCGGUUAAAGUCGAUCUUGCCUCAGGAGAAGACUACCCUCGACACGGACAGCACCAGGGUCAUCUUCGGCAUCUACAUCAUCGUCUAGCUUAGGGACAGUAGAUGUACCGUUCGCCUAGGAUUUAAUCGUAGGGUUCUAUCGCUUGUCUAGCAGGAUUUGCGCAGUUUAAUCGAAUUCUUUAGCGCGGUCGAAUCUGUACGGACCGGUUUGCACAGAUUUAUCGUGACGAUUCAACGCUGCGUGUAUCCUUAUCAUUAAUGUGGCUACGCGUGUGGCGAUAGGUCGUAGCGAUUUGGAAUCCGCGAGGUUAAAGGGGCCUCCUCGUGUUACGAUUAAACUGUUACACGUAACGAUAAAUCCUGACACGUAACGAUAAAUACUCGACACGUAAUUAAAACUUGAAAUUUGCUUACAGACAUUUAUUUUUUUAUUUGCUAGUUUUACGUAAGAAACAUUUAUAGAUAUUUUCAAAAUCUUUGUAUAGAAAGUGUUAGAAAUGUCUAUGAAGAAAUUUAAAAUGAGAAUUGAAAUUUCAUGGUGGGAGGCUUUAUGGCCUCCGUAUUUACAUUGCAAUGUUUGAAACGAUUCGGUACACCCAGUUUUGGAAGAAACACUUUGAUGACACCUCAAAUUUAUACAGAUCUAUUUGCGCGGAUUUAUCGUUACGUGUGUAGAGAAUUUUUUAGAGCCCUCGAUAGUCCCUAGAUUUCUCCUUGGGGAGGAUCCCUAUUCCCUAGGGUAACGCGAGAAAAAUAUCUACCACGUAUGGCACUAAAAUGUGUUUAGCUUAAAUGCGAGAAACGUCCUCGUAGACGAAGAGUAGAGUUUCGAUUAGCGAGGCGAUCGUUGCAUUUUAAUCGGCGACCAAUUGUUCAGCUCUCUCUCUCUAUUUCGAUGAUAACGAUGAUAAACCUUUAGGCGGGUAAAUUAGUUAACGACUCGCGACGAACUUUUUUAGGUAGCGACGUAGGUCCAACGAUUAGCGAGACCUCGAUAUCCGUAUAGUUUAUAUUCCAUGGUCCAACCGAGAUACAUUUAAUAUAAACAUAUUAAUAUAUACAUAUAUUUACCGACACCGAGGAAAAGAAAAGAAAAAGAGAAAUGCGAUUG